AUGACUUUCACUUGUCGUGAACAUUUGCUAGAGCGGGUCCGAAAUGAAGCUAGUAAACUUGGAUUUGGCAUUGUGAUGACAAGGUCCGACAAUGGUACAAAUAGAAGGCAAGCAUUUGUUGUGAUGAAAUGCGAGAGGGGUGAGAACUAUAUUCCAACAAAUCGGAAGUUAAAACAUGAUUACACGGGAUUGAGAAAGUGUGUGUGUCCGUUUAAGUUAUGCAUAUCUUGUAGGGUUGAUGGUUUAUGGCGUUUUAGCGUCGUUUACGGACUUCAUAAUCACGCGUUGGAAACUAAGCUACACGGGCAUCCGAUUACGUGUCGACUAAGUCGCGAAGAGAAGGAUUCUAUUUCAGAAUUAUCGAUAAUCAAAGUUGCACCGAGAAACAUACUUGCCAAAUUGAAGCGAAAAAUACCAGAUAGUGUUUCAAAUAUCAAGCAGGUAUACAAUGAACAAUACAAUCUCAAAGUUGUGAAAAUGGGUCCGAGGUCGAAAACGCAACACCUUUUGAAAAUUUUGGAUGAUAACCAAUACGUUUCAAGUUUCAGAGCAUGUGAAGACAAGGUCAUUGUUCGUGACAUAUUUUAG